AUGUCUGGCUCCAAUUCUGCAUCAUUACCGACCCACACGACAGGUCCCUUCUCCGCCGACGAGAGUGUUGGUUCCCAAAUUCGUGAAUAUAAUGAAGACUUGAGCGCUGGACGCCAGUCGGAUCUUGAAGUUGCAGACGAUCGAAACUUUCAAGGUGGGGAAAAUUCAGGGGCUGUAAAUCUCCGUGGAGGCACACAGGAUAUGGAGGAAGAGUCGGAAUUUUCCAGACCAACGGGCCACCCCGAUGUGGCGUCAUCAAGGGCAGGACCCAUGAUUGAUCUCACCAGACCGAUGCCUUCACACCCAGCAAGACACCGUAAGCGACGGAUGGUAAGUCUUGGCGAGAAUCCACGUCUGCAACGUACUCGCUCCGGAGAAGCACCCUCUCGCGAGGGCAAUCCUCAAGAGGCGAUCCCACAUCGAUCAAUAUCAAUGAUUGUCCCGUCCUCAAGGGCUGCCUCUUCCACCGUUGGGUCCUCUUAUGCCACAGCAAUCGACAUAACAUCUUCUCCGCCUGAUCAAGGCCACGAUGCUUCGCUCUCGCGCGAGGAACCAGGUCACCCACACCAUUCAGCUGAAGGGACUCCUCUUGGCGCGGGAAAUGCAGGGUCACCAAUGUCUUCGAGGCGGGCAUCAAGACAGUCUGUCUUGACAAACCGGGAUAUGUCUGAUUUCUUCGGACAUGGUCCAGAGUUGUCAGCAGGGCAAAGGAGCACCAGUCAAUACGAUGAGAACCUUGAAAGGGAAACAGAGUUACCCAGGUGGCAGCCUGAUUCAGAAGUCACGGAGUGCCCGAUAUGCGGCACAGUAUUUAAGCUCUGGUAUCGGAAACAUCAUUGCCGGAAGUGCGGGCGCGUCGUUUGUGCUGCUUGCUCUCCACAUCGGAUUACCAUCCCCAGGCAGUACAUUGUGCGUCCACCCGACUCUUCUUCAAUGCCCACGUCUCCGCCAAUACCUCUACCCCGCCAAAUUGUUGAUCUUACUGGAGAAGAGCCUGUGUCUUCAUCACUUAUAAAUCCUGCUCUGGGGGGUGGUGAGGAAGUACGACUCUGCAACCCCUGCGUCCCCGACCCAAAUCCUCAUCCAUUAAAUUACACGCCUGUACGGCCUCACGGUCACCGGUCGACCCAGUCACUCUCUUCUACGAUGCUUCCGCUCUCUGCGCAUCAUUUUGCUAUACGUCCAGUAAGUCGGUGUUGUUUCUUCGAGCCGAUACAUCAAGCUCACAAUCCUUGCAGGACGACACUCGCCAGGAACGACGCCCGAGUGAAUCGUACCGCCGUCUAUCGCUGCGCCAGGAACUUGUUCACGAUAGCCGUCAUCCCUACCCCUACGAUCAGGGUCGAGUUCAUGAGGAUGAGAUUCGCCGGGGCAGUCGUCGAUUCACCGGCCCCCCCUGCCAUGCACGUUUCUGGUGCCGCUCGGCCUGCACCAGCACAAAGCACCUCCACCAGGAGAGCCCCUCCUCCUGUAAGCGAGCGCGACCUAUGCCCGAUAUGCGGCGCCCUCUUCCCUCCUCUCAGCGCCGACGCACCACCUGCGUCUCGAGAGGCCCAUAUUGUGCAAUGUAUCGAAAGCCGUGUCUCACCCGCCCCACAGGAUUCCUCGGCAUUGAGUCCUUCGGUGUUGAGUCCGUCCCCCGCCUCUGCAGUCGCCCGUAUGGUCACAUUCAUAGCCACGGAGAAGGAUUGUCUUAGCGGACCCAGUGAACCGGCAGAGUGCUCGAUCUGUAUGGAGGACUAUGAGGUUGGCCAGGACCUUGUCCGUCUUGAGUGCCUGUGCAAAUUUCACAGGGGAUGUAUCGUUGACUGGUUCAAGCGGAAGCCGGAGUGCCCAUUGCAUAAGGUGUCCUCCUAA